GCAGGUCGUACGUACAUAUUUGACAACUGUCAACAAUAUAGUGAAGAGAGUGAAUCGAGUGAAUAAAAAAUGAGAAAAUGUCUUGUAAUUAGUAUUUUUUGAAAGAGUGAACAAAUAAUUAAAAAUCCUUGUUCAAAAAGAAGAAAAUAAAAAUAUUCAAAACAAAAGGAUAUUUAUACUAAACAAAAAUGGGUGAACGCAAAGGACAGAAUUUGUAUUAUCCACCAGACUACGACCCCACGGUCGGUGGUUUGAAUAAAUUUCUGGGAACUCAUGCUUUACGAGAGAGAGCACGGAAAUUGCACGAGGGCAUCUUGAUCAUUCGAUUUGAGAUGCCCUUUAAUAUUUGGUGCGAAGGCUGUAAAAAUCACAUUGGAAUGGGUGUUCGAUACAAUGCAGAGAAGACAAAAGUUGGCAUGUACUAUUCAACGCCUUUAUAUCAAUUUCGUAUGAAAUGUCACCUAUGCGAUAAUCAUUUUGAAAUCAAAACUGAUCCAGCGAAUUUAGACUACAUAAUAGUGAGUGGAGCUCGACGACAGGAAAAUCGUUGGGACCCAACUGAAAAUGAACAAGUUGUUCCCGAAACAAAGGAAACGUCGCGAAGACUUUAUGACGAUCCUAUGUAUAAAUUAGAACACGGUAUACAGGACAAAGGUGUUUCAAAAUCACGAGAGUCAGCACUUAGUAGUGUCAUUGCCUUGAAUGACAGUAUUUGGAAAGAUGAUUACAGUUCUAAUAGUGCGCUGAGAGCCAAGUUCAGAGCAGAAAAAAAAGAACUUGAAAAAAAGAAGUCUUUGGAUAAAAGUCUCUUGAAUAAAAUGGGUAUAGAUAUACAUUUAGUUGAAGAACACGACGAUGACGUAAAAUUGGCACGCUUAUUAAUGCAAAAAAUGAAAGUGGAAAACAAGAAAGGUUUACAGUUGAGAAGACUAUACAGGUCGUCAUUAGCAAAACGAAGAAUUCUAAUACAGAAAAAAAUGGACGCCGAAAGAAAGAAAAUAAAAAUUUUGCCAUCUCUACCAUCAGCAUCGACAUCUUCGGGAAGUAGUAACAGAUCCUUGUCAUUAGUUAAUUACGGCAGUACUAGUUCGGACAGUGAUUCUUAAUUCAAUUUUCAU